GUCCCUGAAGUGUCGCUGACGUGGAGGGUCCGGGUUAGCCGGCGCAGCUGCUUGCGAGGUCUGAGAGCGACGUCCGGGGCUGGGUCCCCCGGCCCGAGGCAGCGGCAGCGGUGGUAUAAAGCCGGCGACGGGGAGCAUGUAAUGUCGGAAUGCGGAGGCCGCGGCGGCGGCGGCGGGAGCAGCAGCAGCGACGACGCCGAGGACGAGGGUGGCGGCGGCGGCCCCAAGGGCUCCGGCUCCCUCAGCCCGGCCGGGGCGGCGGCGUCCUCGGAGAGCCGGCUCCGCCGCGGAUUGCGCGGCGCCUCGCUCAUGGCGCGCCGGCGGCCGGAGCUGCUGUGCGGGGCCGUGGCGCUUGGCUGCGCCCUGCUCUUCGCCCUCAAGUUCACCUGCAGUCGAGCAAAAGAUGUGAUAAUACCAGCAAAGCCGCCUGUCAGCUUUUUCUCCUCGAGGUCUCCAGUCCUUGACCUCUUCCAGGGGCAGCUGGACUAUGCCGAGCAUGUUCGCCGGGAUUCCGAGGUAGUGCUGCUGUUCUUCUAUGCCCCAUGGUGUGGCCAGUCCAUCGCUGCCAGGGCAGAAAUUGAGCAGGCAGCCAGCCGGCUUUCAGAUCAGGUGUUGUUUGUGGCAAUUAAUUGCUGGUGGAACCAAGGAAAAUGCAGAAAACAGAAGCAUUUCUUUUAUUUUCCUGUAAUACAUCUGUAUCAUCGGAGUUUUGGACCAAUCGAAUACAAAGGCCCCAUGAGUGCUGUUUACAUUGAGAAGUUUGUUCGCCGGGUGAUGAAACCACUUCUGUACAUCCCAUCUCAAUCAGAAUUGCUAGAUUUUCUCUCAAACUAUGAGCCUGGAGUACUCGGCUUCUUUGAGUUCAGUGGCUCACCCCAGCCUCCUGGCUACUUGACCUUCUUCACCUCAGCACUGCACUCUUUAAAGAAAGAUUACCUAGGAACAGUACGAUUUGGGGUUAUCACAAAUAAACAUCUUGCGAAACUGGUAUCCUUAGUACACUCUGGAAGUGUGUAUUUACAUAGACAUUUCAACACAUCACUUGUCUUCCCCAGGGAAGUCAUGAACUUCACGGCUGAGAACAUCUACAAGUGGGCCUCAGAAAACCAAGAGACCCUCUUCCGAUGGCUGCAGCCCCAUGGAGGCAAGAGUCUGCUAUUGAACAAUGAGCUGAAGAAAGGACCAGCACUCUUCCUAUUCAUACCUUUUGAUCCCUUAGCGGAGAGGCAUCCUCUCCUGGAUGAGAUCACCGAAGUGGCCUUGGAGUACAAUAACUGUCACGGGGACCAGGUGGUGGAGCGCCUCCUUCAACACCUUCGGCGGGUGGAGGCACCUGUGUUCCAGUCCCUGGCACCAGAGCUGCUAGCUCCACUGCCUGAUGUUCAGCUGAUGUCAGCGUCUCCCUGCUGUAACACAGUGGUGGUGCCACAGGGGCCAGCCCUCUCCAGGACCCACAAUGUCUGUGAACUGUGUGUCAACCAGACAGUGGGUGGUACCAAGCCGAGCUCAGUGAGUGUGCCACAGUGCAGCUUCUUCGAGAUGGCAGCCGCUCUGGAUUCGUUCUACCUCAAGGAGCAGACCUUUUAUCACGUGGUGUCGGGCAGCAUAGAAUGCAGCAAUUUUUUAACCUCCUACAGCCCUUUCAGCUACUACACUGCAUGUUGCAGGACCAUAUCCCGGGGCAUGGCAAGCUUCACUGACUCUGAACAGGAUGUCUUUACAGCCCCGGCCAUCGCAUUCUCUUCCCUAGAGAAGAGCUGUGAGUCCACUGCCCUGAGCUCCAUUCCUCACAUUGAGGAGAACAGGUACCACUUUCCUGAAGUGGGCCUCACUAGCACAACCUUCACAGGCCUGAGCUGCAGAACCAACAAGACCCUGAAUAUCUACCUUUUGGAUUCCAAUUUAUUUUGGUUAUAUGCAGAGAGACUGGGUGCACCGAGCUCUGCUCCCGUGAAGGAGUUUGCCACAAUUGUUGAUGUGAAAGAAGAGUCGCACUAUAUCUUGGACCCCAAACAGGCCCUCAUGAAGUUCACCCUAGAGUCUUUUAUUCAAAACUUCAGUGUUCUCUACAGUCCCUUGAAAAGGCAUCUUACUGGAAGUGACUCUGCCCAGUUUCCAUCUCAGCAUUUAAUCACUGAAGUGACAACUGAUACCUUCUGGGAAGUAACCCUUCAGAAACAGGAUGUUCUGCUGCUCUAUUACACACCGUGGUGCGGCUUUUGCCCAUCUCUCAAUCACAUCUUCAUCCAGCUAGCUCGGCUCCUGCCAGAAGACACAUUUACCGUGGCAAGGAUCGAUGUGUCUCAGAAUGAUCUUCCUUGGGAAUUCAUGGUUGACCGUCUUCCUACUGUUUUGUUUUUUCCCUGCAAUAGAAAGGACCUAAGUGUGAAAUACCCUGGAGACCUCCCCAUCACCCUUCCAAAUCUGCUGAGGUUCAUUCUGCAUCACUCAGACCCUGCCUCUGCCCCUCAGGACCUUGGCAUCAGCCCUCCUACCCAAGAAUGUGUUCAGAACAAGGCAGUCCUGCAGCGUGAACACAUCUCUCACGUGGAGAAUGCCAUGCAGAAGCUAAGAUCCGAGAUGAGCAGCCUACGCCGUACACAGGAGAAGGUAGAGGGUCGGCUCUUUAGUGCCCGCAGGGAUGGGCACCGCCUGCUACGCCGACAGCGUGCUCUGGAGCAACAGCACAGGUUGCUCCGCCGCCACAGCCAGAAGCUGCAAGCCCUGUAUGUGCAGAAGGCCCGUGAGCUCCAAGAGCUGGCCAGUGCCUCAGAGACCCCCCUCCCUGAGCACUCAUGGCUCAAGAUCCUUGUGGCCACUAUGGAGAGGGAGCUGGAGGGUCAGGGUGGAGCUAAGGAACCAGCCCCUCUGGAAAAGGCUCGCCCCAACCACUCUAAGCCCAUGGGUGCUACCCAGUUACCUGGUGACACCCCUCCACCUUCUACCACCAGCUCCACUCUGGCAUCAGAGAGGAAGCAUGAGAACAGGACAGACUAACUUUUGAAUGAGAUGAAGGAAUCAGAGGUGAAAACUGUACAUUGGGAAUAUAUUUAUGAAAAUUUUAUUGAGAUUUAUUGUAAAUAAAGAUUUUCUCAGUGGUCUAGAAAAUGAA